CCUGGCCCUCAAGGUCCCCUCAGCGUCAUAGCCACCCCUAUCCCGUCGACGACGAUGUCUCAGCAGCUGGCCUCGAAGAUGCAAAUUCACGCCCACCAGACUCUCUUGUAUCUUCAAUUGUCAUGGCUCAAGGCGACAGUGCGACUGCGGAUGUUCGCGCCGUGAUCAUCGUCGGUGCCGGCCCUUGUGGCCUGGCAGUGGCAGCACGGCUGUGUGAGGGCAUGCCCGCCGCCAACUUCACCGACGAGGAGCACCAGCGAUACCACUGGAUUCGCAAGAACCGGCACCAGGCCAGCGUCAAGAACUACCGGAAUGGCAACGAGACGCGCCGAGCCAACCACGGCUUCAAGCAGCCCGACUUCUUGGUGCUUGAUGCCACGGCCGACCGCUGGAUGGCCAAGUGGGACAGGCUCUUCAAGACCUUUGACAUCUCGCACCUGCGCAGCCCAAUGUUCUUCCACAUUGAUCCCGCGGAGCGCGAUGGGCUGCUUGGCUACACCUACAGCCACGAGCGCGAGCGCGAGCUGACAGAGAUCCGUGGUUGUGUGGGCAAGGAGGUCAGCAAGUACCAGCGCAAGAAGAGGAUCAAGUCUGGCAGACAGCCAAAGAAUGAGCCUACUGUCGACGAGCGAGAUCGCCAAGACUACUUCGUGCCGUCGACGCCGCUGUUCGCAUCCCACUGUGGGUGCCUCGUUGAUCGAUACAGCCUGCGCUCAAACAUGAUCCGUAACGAGACAGUGCUCGACGUCUCCUACGACUAUGUCGGGGAGCUGUCGGAGAACAUCAAGCUGUUUACCAUCAAGACCAACAAGGCCACGUACUAUGCCAAGACAGCCGUCCUGGCUCUGGGUGGAAAUCCACCGUCACUUCCGAAACCUGCAGUGUCCGACGCGGCCGCCGCCAUCACGCACGCCAUGCAGAUCAAGGAGAUGCCGUGCCCCAGAGUCCGUGCCAAGAUCAACAGUAAGAAGCCCACAAGCAUCGUCAUCGUCGGGGGCGGUCUCACGUCCGCACAGCUGUCAGAUCUUGCUGUCCGGCGCGGCGUGGGCAAAGUGUAUCUCUUGAUGCGUGGUCCGCUCAAGGUGAAGCCCUUUGAUGUCGGCCUUGAAUGGGUCGGCAAGUUCCGCAACUUUGAGCAGGCGGCGUUCUGGACCGCGGACGACCACGAAGAGCGCUGGGGCAAGAUCCUCGCUGCACGCAACGGCGGCAGCAUCACCCCGCCGUACAAGAAGAUCCUGGACAAGCACAUUGCCAAGGGCAAGGUCGAGCUCUUGCUGUAUACAACCAUCGCGGAGAAGACUUGCGACGCAGCGAACGGGGCGUGGAAGGUGUCAGUGUCAACUGCUUCUUCAUCAUCGUCGCUGCCCUCGUCAUCCCCGGCUGGAAUCCAGUCAGAGAGCGCCUCUCAGGACCAGAUAACGAGAGACCUCCCACCUAUCGAUCAUAUCUAUCUCGCAACAGGAGUCUCAUGCACCCUGGACGGCGUGCCCUGCCUACAGACCCUGCGCAGGGACUACCCCAUCGCGAGCUGCGGUGGCCUCCCCUGCAUCACAGAGGACAUGGCCUGGCGAGAUGACGUGCCGCUGUACAUCACCGGCCGGCUGGCGGCGCUGCAGCUCGGGCCCGGCGGCGGCAACUUGAUUGGGGCGCGGACAGGCGCGGAGAGGGUGUCAUGGGCUGUGCAGGACUUUUUGCGGUCGGAGGACAAGGAGGAUGGUAGCCCUGGUAGCCGCGCUCGGGCGGACAGGUUUGAUUACUUGACGGGAAGGUGUAGUCGGUUCGAGGCGCUGUCUUGUUGUGACAGCGACGAGUAGUGCUCGUCCACGCAGAACAUGUAUGUAUAGCAUUAGUGGUACCAGAUGGUUUGGUUUGUUCUUGGCAGAGGUCCCAACCGAGCCUGAUCACUAUUGCGCAAGUGUUUCCUCUGAUAAUAGGCGUGCCGGCACACAUGGUAUAAAUGUAGACAGUAUUUCUACGGUAUCAUG